AUGGACAGCACUUUUCCAGAUUACAGUGGUUUGGGCAAUUCUGCUGGUUCUUAUGAAGUCAUUGAAAACAGCCCUAAAAGAUAUCGCGUUCGAGUGCCAGUUACUUCUGACUUAUUUUCAUCCUCUGCGAAUAUCAUCAUCAAAGUCAACGGGCAAAAAGUAACGGUUGAAGCAAAGAUCGAAGCUACAGAUGCUUAUGGAAACAAGAAGAUCUCCAAAAUCUGCAAAGACGUUACACUUCCAGCUGACUGCAACAUGAAAACUUUGAAAACUCAAGAAGAAAACAACGCCGUCAUCAUUUCUGUCGACAAAAAUGAAAUAUCACAGCCUGAUUUUGUUCCUCUAAAGGAGCGACAAGCGUACGAAGGGCGGGGAGUCAACUCUCCUUGGACGUUGACGGGAUCGAGCCCAAGUCCUCGGCCAUCUUCUCAGACAGAUGCUUUUCCGCAGCCUCCAACUCAAGAUGAAGUUUUUCCCGAAGCACGUGCUGAGUCGAGAACCAGAAAACAUUCAAAGAACGUUAGAUUCAGUGAAGAGCCCCCUAAAGUUACUCAAGUCGAUACAGAUGAGCCUCCAUCACCCCAAGUUGCGCAAAACAAGGCAAACCAACCGACCCCGAAGAAAAAAGGAAUCGGUCGGAUGGACAGCAAUGACUUUAUUAUGGCGGAAGAAGAGGACGUUGCAGCUUCUCUCAGAAGCCUGACUCUUCCAGUUCUAGAAGAAAGGCCUGCUUCAAUUCCUCCAGAUGAGCCGAUUGAAGACUUGGGUGUUUUUGGUGGCUCGACUCCGCAAAUAGAAAAGCCGAAUCCGUUUAUCCGCCCUAUUCUACAAAAGCCACAGGACUUUAUCGCUACAAACGAGCCUGAUCCAAGCAUUGUUCCGCUCAAGGUUGUCAACGAUCCGCCGCAGCGGCAGAUGGCCACUAAAUUUCCAAAUUAUAACACAGAUCCCAUCACGAGAACAGCGCCAAGCCCUUACUGUCCCUUCCCAACUGACAACGCGGGCUUUCCGCCACCUCCUCCUUGCGUGACGGGUGCAGGCUCAGCAACUACAACAUUUGGAACACCUCUUAUGCCUCCGCCUGCCUACUACGAUUCGACCACCACCCGCCGUGCCUCCGUAGACAUUCCAGUAGAACACGUGGACGAUGCAUGA